UGGCACGAGCUUGGUGUCCUUCGGCUGCAGUCACUUUGUCUUGAUGACGUGAAGUUUGGGGGCAAUGACAAUAUUCACCUCCAUGACCCAACUUGCGGCGCAUUUCUUCCCGUCUUUAAAAUCUUGGCCUCUACAGUCAACAUGACUGUGAAAUUCCUGACGAUUCGGCGGUCGCACGGGAACUACAUUGUAUGCAACAGCAGUUCUGUGGACAAUAGCUUCACGACAUACUUUUGCAGCCAUCUUUUCCCGUCUUUAAAGGUCUUUGCGUUGAAGGAUGUCAAUCUGGAGAACGAAGCUCCCCUAGUCAUCUCCACCAAGAGUUAUUCGUUUACACUCAAAUGUUUCGAAGCAAGAACGGCUGUAAUCAAAAGAAAGUUUUGCGAAUCAGUGUUUCAAGCACAACAGGAAGCCCUAACUUCGCAACAGCUGUACUUCCCAGACACAAGUCAACCCAUUUCCAGUGGGCUGAGCUCUCUCCCGCGAGAGGUCUGCAAAUUGGUCAUCUUCAACGUGUCAUCCAACCUAAGGACCCAACGCCUGUUGACAUCGCCGGUGUUCAUGAGGUUCGCGCAUAUCGUCGGGCGUCAAUCGACGAUAUCCCCAGGUGUUUGA